AUGUCCUAUGCUCUUUCGUCCGUCGUGCGCGUCACCCUGCGCGCUGCAGCCGCGGCUCUUCAUCCUCUUCUCGGGCUAGCCCUCGUGCGCGGCAGUCCUCGGCUCUUUUUUCCGCUUCGCGUGCGGACGCUGCCGGUCGGCCCUCUUCUCUUUCUUCCUAUUACUCUGCCAUGUCCGCUUCGCUGGUCUGCCGCUGGCGCUUUCGGCCUCGAGCUCUUAAUGCGCUCCGGCAUCCGUCUGCGCGUGGUCAGCCUUCGUCUCUUGUCUCCUCUAUCUUGCAUCCGCGGCUCUUUCGUCCCGGCGCUUUCGUCCGCUUCGUUUCGUCCGCUUCUCUGGCGCCUGCUGCGCGAGCAGCCGUCUUCGCUUCAUCCUCUUCGCUUUCAGCCUGCUUGCUCUUUUCCCUCGUUCGCUGUCAAUCAUCUUCGCUGGCUCUCCGUCUUCGUCGUGUCGCUUCCGUCUUCGCUCGAUGCUCGUUCUCCUCUGCCGCUUCAUCCUCUAUCUCGGUCAUCGCUCUCUCUCGUCGUCCUCGUCUCUUUGCUUCCUCUUCGCUUCAGCCCUCUGCUCGUGCAUCCUCUUCUCGUUCAUCCUGCUUCUCGUCAUCCUCGUCACUCGGUCUGCCUCUCGUCUCUCGGCCGUCCUGCUUAG